AUGUCACGGCUGUCGCGGCACAUAGCCGGCCGCCGACUGUUCGGGUGCAUUCACCGGUGUCAAUUCGGCACCGAAGUCAAUAACGAGCCUCGUGCGAUGAAGACUGCUCGGGUGGCACCCGCAAGUCCAUUGAGAAUCCGCAGAACGCACGUCUUCUCUUUCAAGCUUGCCCUACUCGUUGUUGCCUGGCGUCGUCCCGCGCAAACAUAUCUACAUACAGCUCGGGCAGUUAGAGCUAUCUGCCAACCUGGGCCGAUAGUCGCACUCGUUCGGGGGCAUCCUAGAGACCAUCACCACGGGCGUAGUAUAAACAUAGUGUCACCAGCGUCACUACGUCGAAAUCGAUUAGGAGACAAAACAUCAGAAGAAUCCCAAGCUUAUGUCAUUCUAGCACGCUCCCAAGGAAAACCGGCACAAUUAGCCAGUACGCAGUCAUCUUGGGGGUAUGAAUCAGCUCAUACACAAGCCGCGCCGACACUUAUCCCUGAGCAUCCCAUCAGCACUACAGUAUGGAAGGGCGGAAUGAUUAAAAUCUCCGCCACUAUGCAGAUUGAGGCGGUAAAGAUAGCUUGGCGCUUUGCUUUGACGCUUAUUGCUAUGUAUGCUGCGUCGGCGGCACAGGUCCAAGGCACUUUUCGAUGUCUUGUGUUGCCGCAAUGUGCCACACCACCUGGUAAAAUAAUGAUGAUGUGA